AUGUCAUCCCACGAUGCAGCAGACAAUGACUCGAAGUACCUGCCUUCCCCGCUUACCUUUGUGGAGCUGAUGGCACUGAAGCGACUGGACGAUGCGGAGCCUCACCUCAACUCCGCUGAACCUGAGAAAAUUGAACAUUUCCAAUCUCUAUCUGCCCCGUACCCUCCUGGGGAGGGUGACCGAGCAUUUGGAGGGCAUGCAUACGCCCAAUCUGCCUAUGCUGCAUCGAAGACAGUUGAGAAGGGUUUUGUGCUUUAUGAUAUGACUGGGUCCUUUAUACUCGGUGGCCGGCUAGAUAUUCCGUACACAUAUACAGUACGCCAUGUCCGAGAUGGAUUCAUGUAUUGCACGCGCUCUGUUGAUGCCCGACAAGACGGCCGAAUCUGCUUUUCGUGUCUGUGCUCAUUCAAGCGUGAUGAAGGGGAGAAAACCUUCAAUCAUCAACCACCAGCAGUUCAAGGACGUUACCAAGAUAGCCUUUCUGCUAAACGGCCCGAAGACCAAUCUGUCAGCCCUAGCAUUGAUGCAGACUGGUGGAUCGAGGCCCUUCGACAGGGCGACAUUACCGAACGAGAGUUUCCUGGGCUGGAUGUUCGCAAGACCGAUAUGCAGAAUUUCAAUCAAAGCAAGGAAGUCAAAGCAAGUCCGGAGAAAUACCGCCAAUUGUCACAGUACCGUCUCAAAGGAUCACCCGAUGCUGAUCCCAACGCAACACUUGCACAGAUCAGAGAAAGAGAACAAGCUGGAGAAUAUGACAAUCUCUAUAUUUGUGCACAUAUGUACUCUAGCGACAGGAACUCCCUUCUGCUGAUUCCGCGCGCCUUGGGUAUCAAGCGUUGGACGGCUAUGUCCAGCCUCACUUUGAUGGUGAUUAUUCAUCGUCAUGGCGAUGCAUUGCGAAUGAUUGAUUGGGAUUCGGUCUCUCAGAAUGGAGAUUCGAACAUAGACAUGAAGUGGUUUAUUCAAGAGGGGUGGACACCCCAGUCGGCGGAGAACAGAGCUGUGCACGAGAGUCACCUAUGGGGUCCAGAUGGCACUUUGGUUGCGACUUCGAUGCAGGAUAGCAUGCUUCGAUUGCGGAAACCUCAACCCAAGGGCAAGUUAUGA